UACAAUCACCUCUCCUUCUUUUUCAUUUCUUUCUGUCUCUCUAACAUCCCUUAUCGCAGCCAUGGCUCGUCCAAGCAACAUAGUGCUCACAGUCCUGAACGUCAUCUCCCUCCUCGCCGGAAUCACCCUCUUCGCCACCGGAAUCUACCUCUCCGUCGUCCAGGCUGGAACCGCCCCAUGCCAGACCUUCCUCCGGAACUCUCUCCUCGUCGUGGGCGCCUUACUCAUCCUCGUCUCCCUCCUCGGCCUCGUGGGAUCCAACGGCCGCAACAACCUCUUCAUGUGGCUCUACGCCCUCCACAUGCUGCUCCUCGUCGCCGGCGUCGUCGGUUUCACCAUCUUCAUGCUCGUCGUCACCAGCCAGCGCCACCACGGCCACCGCGGGGUCGGAGACUUCUCGCCCUGGCUGCGCCACCAUUUCGCCAAAGGAAAGAACUGGAACUUGGUCCGCAGUUGCUUGGCUCAAGGCCAGGUUUGCUCGGUUGUUAAGGGCGUCGGUAGCAAGAGCCCUCAAGUCGGCCGCAAACUCCACAACUCUGCCCUAAUGGUCGGUUGCUGCAAGCCGCCCCCGGGAUGUGGGUCGGAGAAUAGCUUGAACGCGACACUAGCGGUUUUGCUGGCGGACCAAACUACUGCUGCGGCGGCGGCCGGGAACAAGAACGGCGACUGUGGGAAGUGGAGCGGCGACCCGAAGACGAUGUGCUACAAUUGCGACACGUGCAAAGCAGGGUUUCUCGGGGAUAUUAGGAAGCAGUGGAGGGCCGUUGCGGUGGCGCUGGCUUGCUUCGUGGCAUUUAUCGUCCUGCUGUUGUCCAUCGCUUGGUGCGCCAUCGCCAACAAUAAGUUUGAUCUCGCCGCUUCCAGUCCUCACCCUUGAGUUGGAAGCCCGAUCGAUCUUCUCGCAUGCGUGGAUUAAUAAGGGCUCUUUAAUUAA